CAUUGCUGUAAACAAUGCACUGAUUGGUUGAUAUGACAUGUGUUUUGUUUGACACAUGAGUUAUGCGAUGAUAAUAAUGUGAUAUUUAUGACACAAAUUGAUUGAUUUGAUCCCAACGGGUGAUAUCAACCACAACAUGAAUGGUCAACAACAACACCGACGAGUUCCUAACAUUCGCAACAGUAGUCUUUGGAUGAAUCGAGAAGAGGUCGACCCGAUGGGCACCCGAUUCAAGAUUGACGACACAGACUUCUUGGACGAGAUCCCGGAGCGCAACACAUGUCCUAAUUGUCAUAAAUCGCGUCGAUAUUAUUGCUAUACGUGUUACGUGCCGUUGGAUGUUAUUAAAGAGCGUCUGCCACGUGUUAAACUACCCGUCAAAGUGGAUAUCAUUAAACAUAUCCAAGAAGUGGACGGCAAGUCAACCUGUCCUCACGCGGCCAUUAUUUCGCCAGAAGAUUGUCGGAUACAUACGUUUCCAGACAUUCCUCACUGGGAUUACCAAAAAACUGUUUUAUUGUUUCCCGGACCUAAUGCACAGACAUUGAGACAACUAUUGGACAAUCAUUACAAUCAUAUCAAUGAUAAUCGGACAUCAAUAUCAUCUAUAGGUGAAAUACCAUUUGAUACAGUAGUCUUCAUUGAUAGCACAUGGCGUCAAACGAAACAGGUUUUGAAUGAUUCGCGAGUGCGGCCACUUCUGGCCAACGGAACUGUGGUAUUGUCCGAUCACGAGUCGCUAUUUUGGAGACAUCAGCGAAAUACUCCGCGAACUUAUUUAUCGACCAUUGAGGCGAUGUAUUAUUUUUUUGUUGACUUACAUCUCAUUGUUGAUGAACAUUGCGGUCGUGUCGGACCCGAUGGUCGACCACAUUAUGACUACAGAUAUGAUAAUUUGUUAUUCUUUUUCAAACACACUUAUAAUAAAUUAAGACAAAAAUAUAAUAUUUGA